AUAAUAGCCGGUGUAGCUGCGAUUCUGGCUGUUGGGUUGAACGUACGUGAGGUGGAUCGAUGGACGCAAUAAAUGCAUCGGGCGCUAACCAAGGGCCAGGCGGCGCCGAUGGCGACCGGGGCGAGGUCCUCAGCAUCAUGACGUGGAACAUAAACUGCCUGGCGCCCACCGUGAAGAACUUCGAACUGCGCCACAAGAGCUUCCGUGGUUUCUUGGAUCACUGGAAUCUGGACAUCGCCGCGUUCCAGGAGGUGAAGCUGCCAGCUGCCAAGGUGACAAAGGAGCUGGCAUGCGUGGACGGCUUCCAGUCUUUUUGGGCGACCUCAACCGCUAAGCUGGGCUACAGCGGAGUGACCACCUGGUGCCGAGUGGGGCCCGCGGUCGCCGCGGCCGCAGCCGGCACCGCCUCAGGCCCCACCACGGCCCCGCUCGGCACCGCCUCGGGCCCCACCUCGGCCCCAGAAGCGUCUGGUAGGGAAGCGGAGCCAGGCCCGGGUGCGGCUGGAGGUGCAGGCGGCUGGGCGGCGGGUGGCGGCGUGGCGCCGCGGGAAGCGGUGGCAGACAAUCUGGGCGGUGACGAGCAGCCGGAGCUCGACACGGAGGGCAGGUUCGUCCAGACCGACCACGGCGCCUUCGUCCUGCUAAACGUGUAUGUGCCCAACGCCGGUGAACACGCCUCGGGCCGGCCGCGGCUGGGACACAAGCUGGCGUUCCUGCGGGCUCUGCGCAGGCGCAUGGACGAACUGACUGCUGAGGGCCGGCAGGUGAUUGCCGUGGGCGACUUCAAUGUGGCCAUGGAGCCCCAGGACGUGCAUUCCGUUAUCGACUACAGCACCGCGUACAGUGCGGAGGAGCUGGCGGAGCUCCGCUCACUGGCCGCCACUUAUCCGGACGUGUGGCGGGUGCUGCACCCCCACACGUCCGAAGAGGGCAAGCAGGCAGAAGGACCGGCGGCGGCCGCAGGGGGAGACGCAGGUGGAGAGGCAGGGGCCUCAGAAGACGCAGCAGCUGCAGCAGGGCCGGCGGCAGCCGGUGGCGAGGGCGCGGCGAACACAACAGCAAGGGAAGGAGCAGCAGGGUUGGGAGAAGGGGCAGGAUCAGUGGCAGCAGGGUCGGGGGCGCCAGUCAGCGGCGCAUGCACAGGAGCAUUCACGGUGUGGGAGGAGCGGACAAACGCACGAGCCUUUAAUGUGGGCUGCCGAAUCGACUACUUCUUCAUCAGCCCGGCGCUGCUGCCCUUUGUGGAGUCGUGCGAGAUCCUGACAGCAGCACAGAUCCCACCCAAGUGGUCGGACCACGCGGCGCUGCUGCUACGGCUGAGGGUGCGCCGGCAGCCGGUCCAGGCAGCGGCGCGGCCGGUAACGGCGGGUGCUGAGGCUGGCGCGGACGCCGGUGAGCAGCGAGAGCUGCCGCGGCUGUUGCUCCCACCGCCUCCCGCGGCGCCGUGUGCCAUGUGGCUGGCGAUGGAGGGGCGGUUUGUGGAUCGGAACCAGAGAUCCAUCAAGGACAUGUUUUUCGGAUCCAAAUCCAAGAAGCAGCCGGCACCGGCGCAGGCGGGGGUCGGCAAGGAGGCUAUUCCGCCGCCGGCUGCUGUAGGCUCGAAGCGCUCUGCUCCGGAGCCGCCGGCAGAUGCGACUGGGCGAGGAGAGGCGCCGGCUCAAGAGCCGCCUGUGGCGGUUGACCGUGAUGAGAGCCGCAGCUGCAAGCGGCAAGCUGUGGGGCCCCAGGAGGACCAGGGCGAGCCGCCGGUGGCCGGUGCUGCGGCAGUAGCGCCUGGGGCUAUGGCAGGGCACGAGGCAAAAACGGGGCAGAAGGAUGGCCUGGGAUCGCUUGCACAGCAGGCCGCCGACGCGGAGGGUGCAGCGUUGGUGGCUGGUGAGGGGCGAGCCGAGUCGCCUUCGGGCGCUGGCUGUGGCGGCAGCGGCAACGGCAAUCGAGGCGGAGGCCGAAGUGGAGAGGGAGCUUCGAAUGUAAGUGGCGGCAGCUUGCCGAGGAUGAUGGCGGGAAAAGGUGCUGCGGGGAGAAGUGGGCGAGGUAGGGGAGCAGCUGGCAAGCCGGGCGGCAGGACCGGUUCAGGCGGGCGGGGAGGAGGCGGAGAGCCGGUCAAGGGGCGCGGCAUUCAGUCCUUCUUCAAGUCUGGGACGUCGUAGUAAGUUGGAUUCUUGUGAGGCACGCUCGCGGCCUGGUCGCUAAAGAACUGGAAGCUGGAGUCCUGAGCGUC